GCGCAGUUCGCCCUUGCGGCAUGAUUCCCCAAAUUCUCCAUGGCUCGUGACUGCCGCUCCGUGGCCGUUUUCGUUGUGCUGUGGUGGAACUCACUUGAGUGCUUUGGCACUUUGCCAGGCAACACGCGUCCAACGAAGACGGCUCGUCCUACGCUUCCGGACAGCACAUUGUUGCUGCUUCAAACCAUAAACGAGAUUGACGAUGCUGAGAAGAGGAUGAAAGCAAUCCACAUACUCCUCGAGAAGGUGGAGGAGGAGAAGGAGAAGGAGAAGGAGAAGGAGAUAGAUGUCCUCAACCUCAAGGUGGAGAAGGAGAAGGUGGAGAAGGAGAAGGAUGUCCUCAAGGUGGAGAAGGAGAAGGCUGUCUUCCAAGAGAGGCUGAUAAAGUUAGAAGAAGACCUUCUGCAAGCAAAGGGGCUCAUGACUGCACGUGGCGUCUUUGAACGAGUGGUGCAACUUGCAUUCAAUGAGCAGAAAACGGUGGGAAAGGUAAAGGGGAAAUGCAUUAUCGCAAACAUCUUGCCAACCAUAAGUGAUAAUCCACAGGCAGGACGCUUUUCGAAACUACACGUCAGUUCUGCAAAAAGAUGCGACAGCACCCAGAGCGUCAAAGAUGCAUUGCAAAGUGUUUGGACUCAACUCUCACAGCAAGUUCACGACUUUCUGUGGAGCGGAGAUGUCAAGAUAGGUUCAGACCUGCCUGAGGUCACCAGAUGCAUAGCGGAGGAGCUGUGCAAAGGCAUGGGGUUAGAAGUGCUGCCAUAGGGAGAAAGCGUCUCUACGGACAAGCGUCCGAGCGACGGGGAAAA